UUUAUCUUUGCAUUUUGUUAUUUACAAGGUGACAAGUGAAAUCGGUGAAAAUAAUUUUUAAUUGUUAUUAUUUAAAAGGGUAUUUUAUUAAAAGGCUAAAAUGUCUUUCUUUGGAGUAGGAAAUCCAUUUGCCACACCGGUUGGUCAAAAAAUUGAACAAGCCACAGAUGGAUCCCUUCCUUCAGAAAAUUGGGCCCUUAAUAUGGAAAUAUGUGAUAUUAUAAACACUAGUGCAGAUGGACCUAAAGAUGCCAUAAAGGCAAUUAGAAAAAGACUGACCCAAAGUGCUGGGAAGAACUACACAAUUGUUAUGUACAGUUUAACUGUACUGGAGAGCUGUGUUAAGAAUUGUGGAAGACCUUUCCAUGUUCUUGUGUGUAAUAAGGAGUUUAUAUCUGAGUUGGUAAAAUUAAUUGGCCCAAAAAAUGACCCGCCCACGGUUGUACAAGAAAAGGUUUUGAGUCUCAUACAGUGCUGGGCGGAUGCUUUUCAAAAUCAACCGGAGUUGCAGGGAGUAGUACAAGUGUACAACGAAUUACGGACCAAGGGUGUUGAAUUUCCUAUGACCGAUUUGGACGCUAUGGCACCAAUAUUUACGCCGCAACGGAGUGUUCCUGAUGGUGGCGAGCCGAUGGCUGGCUCUCCUCAGCGUAACGUCUUGGCGCCGAGCUCUCCCAUUCGAAUGCCGCUUGAAAAUAGUACUGGCACGGUGACGCUAUCAGAGAGUCAGACAAGCAAGCUACGGGCCGAUCUAUCCGUGGUUGAGGGCAACAUGACAGUUAUGAAUGACAUGUUGAACGAACUGACAGCACAGCCGUUCACGCAGCAUCACGAGUCUGACAUACAAUUGCUUGAUGAGUUGGCAGACACACUCCGUGCCAUGCAAAGUCGGGUGGCAGAAUUAGUGGGGCGUGUAUCUGACGAGUGCCCUUUGACAGCCCAACUAUUGCUAACUAACGAUCAGUUACACAACUUACUCCUGAGACACUCUCGCCUAACCAGCAACCGAAACGCAGCUACCGGUGUUGCCACGCCAUCGGCCAUUCUCGGUGCCGCCAUGGGAGUUCCUGGGACCGUAUCACCCCCCAAGAAAGAGGAGGACGCACUCAUCGAUCUAAGUGACGAUGUUCCUGAUAUUGCUAAAUUAAGUGUGACAGACACGAAGAUUGAGAAGUCUCCAAGCGGCUCCAAGGACGAGUUUGAUAUGUUCGCUCAAUCUCGAAAUGUCACGUAUGAAUCUUCCAAAACUGGUGGAAGCAGUUACGCGGACAACUUAGAGGAGCAGACGACAGCGGGAUUAGCAACGGCCGCUAACACACGAGCGACCCAGCAACCCUUGCCAUCGGGAAUGGAUCAAAGGGAAAUCGAUGAGAUAUCUGCUUGGUUAGAACAAGAAAAGGCCGCCACAGAAGCCAACGCCAACGCUGGACAAGAAAGUGUAACGAGCAGUGACUUCGAGAAGUUUCUAGCAGAGAGAGCCGCCGCAGCAGACAGCCUCCCUGACGCCAAUAACACAGGCAACACGCCCAGGCACCGACAGAUCAACAAGGAUCAAGAUUCGAUGUUCGCCCUAUAACAAUCCGGAUCGAAGGACCAGGUCUGUGACGUCACUCCCACCAUGAUUAGACCUUUACGCCUCUAAGGCGUCUAUAAGCGAAAAUCGUUGAAGGCAAUAUGUCUUAUGUUUAUUGAGAAAAUUAUGAAUUUUAAGAAUGGCUAAUCUUUUAAGGGGUAAUUCGGACUGAGUUCUAUCAUAACUCAUAUAUGUUUAACUUACUAAGGGUCUGUUUCACAAUGUACGGAUAAGUUCUACAUAAGUUCCAAAUUAGCUAUUUAUUACUUAUUGGCAGGAUAAAUACUAUUGUUGCGUUUCACGACUGUCAGAUAGCUAUUCGUCACAUAAAGUCCAUCAUAAGUUAUGACACCGAUGAAAUGUCAAAUACAUCAAAUAAUUUAUGUGUUGCAUAGCUAUUUAGUACUUUAUCCAUACAUUGUGAAACAGACCCAAAGUUUCCCAUUUUGUGCUCAGUCCAGUUCCUGUUUAACGGGGCGUUUGUUGCCAUGGCAACGGGUAUGCUGUGGCGUUAUGAAUAAAUCGGUCGGAGUGUCGUUGAACUCAUAUUGUAUAUGUACCGGAAUAUGCACCUUAUGUAUUAAGAUUAAUUUUAAGAGAUUUUUUAUUAU